AAACCGGCUGCAUUGUGUGACGUACAUCCUGAGGCAUAGUGGAAGCAUGGAUGUCUGUGGCUGUCUAAAACUUACUUAGCUGUCCAAUUGCGUGUUUUUGACAUUUGAAUAGAUAAGCAAACUUACUGAGGCUAUGUAUUCGAACUACUACUAACUUUAACCGGUUACUCGUUUAUAGAGACACACACUUUCGUUAGACUCACUAUUUUAACACGACAACACCGUCGCGACGCUAACAAUGUCAUUCUGAAAAGGCAACACAAAGGAAAUGCGGUCGGUCAGUGUUCAAUUUUUAUUUUAGUUUUUACAUACAUAUUCACAUAAAGGGAGACGCUUAAAAAUGAUUAAAAGCAUAUCACAAGCUUAAACGUCAAAAAAAUUGUGAGUCCAGACUCGGGAUUUUCCAGACCGGUAGUUCCAUUUGAAGUGCUUAAAACUCAUGUGUUGAUAGAUACUUUUUGAAUUUAGCUUUUCAUUUGUGAACAAACGUGUGUGCUUUGUGGUAUUACUCGAAACUGCGUCUAUAAGCGAGUGCUGAAGGCGUUUUUGUCCAAGCUAACAUGCUAGGCUAGCCUUGAAUGGUGGGUGGAUGGUUGGGUGGCAUCGACGCAGACAAUGGCAGCACCCUCGACAGAAGCGGUGUUCUUGAUUAAAGACGUCAAGCCCGGCUUGAAAAACCUCAAUAUUGUAUUCAUCGUUUUGGAAAUAGGACGAGUGACCAAGACGAAAGACGGUCAUGAAGUGCGUUCCUGUAAGGUGGCAGAUAAAAGCGGCAGCAUCGCCAUCUCUGUUUGGGAUGAGCUGGGAAGUCUCAUUCAGCCUGGUGACAUUAUUAAACUCACCAGAGGGUAUGCGUCAAUAUGGAAAGGUUGCCUGACACUUUACACUGGCAGAGGUGGAGAUUUGCAGAAGAUUGGCGAAUUUUGCAUGGUGUAUUCAGAAGUGCCCAAUUUUAGUGAGGCAAAUCCUGAGCUGCUCGCUCAAACAAACCAGCAAAACAAGUCUGGCAAACCUGACCAAAAUCAGAGGGGAAACUCUCCACCCAAUCAAAAUUCAGGUACAUCCUCUGCCCCAGGUAACGGCUCCAUGGCUCCGUUUUCCACCAAUAACAACAACAGCAGUGGCAGUGGCCCCGCACCGGGUGGGGCUCGCGACUCUGCUUUCGGGCGGCCAAACGGCCGGUCUCCGGGCAAUGGAGCGACUCAGACUCCCGCCUCCGGACCCCCGUCUGCUGCCGCCAAGUCGUCAAUUAACAUUAGCAACGGCAGGGACCCGCGACGUGCCAAAAGAUGAAAAGAGUUGGGCUAGACUCUCAACAUCAUUCCCCCUUUUCACCUCACUUGAAUUCAAUUUGAUAUCGGCUGCUAUCACAGUCACAUGUAGAGUAGCUGCAUUGUUCUUGAAGAUUACAGAUGAGAUUGUGUCUUUAAUUACUUGGAAUUUUGCAGUUGCAGUGCUGAACUCGUCCUUUAGGAACCUUCUGUUAUCGUAACACCCCACAAUCCCUGUAAAAUUCCAGCAUAUUAUAUACUACUUGAACACUCGGUGCACUUUCUUCUCUUAUUUUCAAAGUGAGGAAAAUGUUUGUCAUCAAGGAACCAGUUUUUGUAAAUGUCCCCUCAAUGACCACAUAACCAAACUUUUUGAUUUUUAUAUAGUGCAGGUUGAUUUAGUAGAGCUCUACCGCCCCUUCAAAACUAAUUUUCUCAUUUGCCACGAUUGUACCAUCUUUAAAGUGGGACCACUUCAAGCUUGGUGACAGAAGUUAACCAAAUAAAUUUUACAUCAGAAAUAAAAA